AUGUCGGCCAGAGCGUGGUCGUCAUCGCACUCGUCGUCCUCGUCGACGUCCUUCCGUAGCUCGCGUGGCAACUACACGCCAGCAGGAUUGCGCCACUUUGAAGGCAGGUUCCAGAGUCUCCGCAGCCAUAAGCUCUUCUACUAUUCCCUCUACCCGCCACAUAACCACACGCUGCGCGGCGUCGUGCUCUAUCUGCACGGCGCAGGAGACCACUGUCGUCGGUACGUGCCGUUGUACGAACGGCUAUGCGAAGAAGGUUUCGGCAUCAUCACGUACGACUUGGUGAAUCAUGGCGCGAGUGACUGCGAUCGUCAUACGACGAGAGGUCACGUUCGCAGCUUUCGACAGCUCGUGGAAGACACGAACACGUACGUCACGUUCGCCAAGACGUCCGUCUUCCCGCUCGUCGGUCCCUUGUCGCUGCCUUUGAUCAUUGCGGGCACGUCCUUUGGAUCACUGGUGGGGCUGCACGUGGCGCUCUCUGGGGUGCACAAGUUCUGCGCCGGGUUCUGGGCAGGACCGACCGUGGGCAUGGAGAUGUCGACUCUCUGGAAGAUGCAGGCAGCUUUGAUCCAGCCACUGUCUCUGCUAUUGCCUCGGGUGCGACUUGUGCCGGGCGUGGACUACCAAUUGCUCUGGAGAGACCCUGGCAUGUUGGAGGACUUCAAGGCUGACUCACUGGCGACGAUGAGCGACAUUACGGCAAGGACCAUGCAACAAACGCUUCGCGCCAUGCACCGCUUGACGAGAGACAGCCGCUUGCAACAGGCUGACAGCGACUUUUGUGCGCUGAGCAUGCUCUUCCUCGUUGGCUCGGAAGACCACAUAGCGGAUCAAGGGGUCACGAGGAGGUUCUAUGACAAACUUGCCAAUACGGACAAAGCAUUUGCUGCGUUCGACGGCGUCUUCCACAGCGUGUUCGAAGACCCUGAGCAAGACGAGGUCUUUGCGUGUCUCUCUCAGUGGCUGCGGAGCCGAUUCCCUGAGCUGCAGACGAAGUAA